AGGGCAUAGCUGUCUGUCUGUCUGUCUGUCUGUCUGACUGUCUGUCUGUCUGUCUGUUAGGUAGCUGGAGACAGGCAGAGCCGGUGUUUGUGAUGGGAGCAGCUAAGUAGGAAGGGCGACUGCACCUUUAAGUGAAAGAAAACCAAACAACAAUCAAUCAGCGGUGUCGCGGGCUCGUUUUGCCGAUUUACCGGGCUCACAGGGACUUUCGAUAUGAUAUUUGUCAAACUAAUUCUCAUGUUUUGCUGCCUACGAGAUGUUACAGGUCAGUUUGAGAACCACUUAAACAAAUACAUCCGCCAUUAUGAAGGUUUAUCGUAUGACACAGAAGCCCUGCACAACAGUCACCAGAGAGCCAAGAGGGCACUCUCUCCUCAAGACAAGACGGUGCAGCUGGACUUCAGUGCACAUGGCAGACAUUUCAAUUUGCGGAUGAAGAGAGAUACAACUCUGUUCUCUCCCGAUCUCAUCAUUGAGGUAUCAGGAAAGGAGACACCCACUGAUACAUCACACAUUUACAGUGGAGAAAUCUUUGGUGAAAAGGGCACACUGACCCACGGCUCUGUGGUUGAUGGGCGCUUUGAGGGCUUCAUUAAAACCCACCAAGGAACAUACUAUGUGGAGCCCUCAGAGAGGUACCUUAAGGACAAGAAGGUGCCCUUCCACUCCAUCAUCUAUCAUGAAGAUGACAUCAGUUAUCCUCAUAAGUAUGGCUCAGAGGGCGGCUGCGCUGACCACUCAGUGUUUGAGAGGAUGAGGAAGUACCAAGCAUCUGCAUCGGAAGAGCCAGUCAAACAGGUGAACAGUGUGUUGGAAGAGGAGAGCUCCCACGGCCCUGUUAUUCUCAGGAUAAAGAGGGCAGCAGCGAAAGAGAAAAACACAUGCCAGCUCUUUAUUCAGACUGAUCACCUAUUCUUCAGAUACUACGGCACAAGAGAGGCUGUCAUUGCCCAGAUCUCCAGCCAUGUAAAGGCCAUUGACUCCAUCUACCAGGCCACAGACUUCAUGGGCAUCCGAAACAUCAGCUUCAUGGUUAAAAGGAUCAGGAUAAAUACCACCACUGAUGAAAAAGACAGAACCAAUCCUUUCCGCUUUUCCAACAUCGGAGUGGAGAAGUUUUUGGAGCUUAACUCUGAACAAAACCAUGAUGACUACUGUCUGGCCUAUGUCUUCACUGACAGGGACUUUGAUGAUGGAGUUCUUGGUUUGGCUUGGGUUGGGGCUCCUUCAGGUAGUUCUGGGGGCAUCUGUGAAAGGAACAAACUGUACUCUGACGGGAAGAGGAAGUCUCUGAACACUGGUAUCAUUACUGUGCAGAACUAUGCCUCCCAUGUCCCUCCCAAGGUGUCACACAUCACCUUCGCUCACGAGGUUGGGCACAACUUUGGGUCCCCUCAUGACUCUGGGAUCGAAUGCACCCCUGGAGAGUCUAAGUCGCAGGAAAAAAAGGAGCAAGGAAACUACAUCAUGUAUGCCAGAGCCACAUCAGGGGACAAGCACAACAAUAACAAGUUCUCCAUCUGCAGCAUCCGUAACAUAAGUGCUGUUCUGACAAAAAAGAGAGACGACUGUUUUGUCGAGUCUGGUCAGCCUAUUUGUGGUAAUGGACUAGUGGAAGGUGAAGAACAGUGUGACUGCGGCUACAGUGAUCAGUGUAAAGACGCCUGCUGCUAUGACGCCAAUGAAGUGGAGGGCAAAAAGUGCAAACUGAAGCCUGGCAAAAUCUGCAGUCCCAGCCAAGGCCCAUGUUGCACAUCAGAGUGUACGUUCAAGGGCACAAAUGACAAGUGCAGACCUGAGUCUGAGUGUGCCCAAGAGGGCUUGUGCAAUGGAGCUGGUGCUCAAUGUCCUGCCUCAGAACCAAAGGCAAACUUCACCUCUUGCCAUUCCGAAACUCAAGUCUGCCUCAAUGGGGCUUGUUCUGGUUCCAUUUGUGAGAAGUAUAGUCUCGAGGUAUGCACCUGUGCCAGCCAACAAGGCAUGGAUGAGGCAGCCGAGCUGUGCCACGUGUGCUGCAUGGAGAAAAUGAACCCCAGCACCUGCAGCAGCUCCGGCUCAGAAAAAUGGGCCAAAUACUUCAACAUGAAGGUCACAACUCUGCAGCCCGGCUCACCUUGCAAUGAUUUUAAGGGCUACUGUGAUGUGUUCAUGAGGUGUCGUCUGGUGGACGCAGACGGGCCUCUGGCAAGACUUAAGAAAGCAAUCUUCAACGCAGAACUCUAUGAGAAUAUUGCAGAGUGGAUAGUGGCUCACUGGUGGGCAGUGCUAUUGAUGGGCAUCGCUCUGAUUAUGCUAAUGGCCGGCUUCAUCAAAAUCUGCAGCGUCCACACACCCAGCAGUAACCCCAAACUGCCCCCACCAAAGCCACUGCCAGGUACACUGAAAAGAAGGAGGCAGCAGCAGGCAAACAUGCAGUCACAGGGCCAGCGCCACCCACGUCAGCACAGAGAGAACUAUCAAAUGGGGCAGAUGAGACGCUGAGACACUUCUCUUUGCUUUGGUUCUUCGUAGUGCCUACAAUGGGAGCACUUCACUCCAAAGAUUUAUCUUUACCAUCUAUUGCAAAAUUCAGAGAACUUGCAACUGGAUCGAUUUCACUGGACAAAACCUGAAGGUUUUUUUUGGGGGGGGCCUAACAAACUCACUCAGCACCUCUGCUCUAAGAGCCAGAUUAGCAGUGGUUUGCACAGCUUUUAUAGGAAAUAAAUAAAUAACUUUUCCAAGGAGGGACAGGAGGAGAAAUUCACUGAUCUCUGUUAUGUGGUCUUAAUCAAACUUUUUUUUUUCUUGAAUGUUUUUUUUUUUUUUUUACCAGUAUAGAGGAGAGUGAAGCAGCUUUGUGUUAGUCGCCUUCCUCUGUGCUCCAUCUCUGCUGUCUCUUUCUUUCCUGUUCUUCCUCUCUGAAGUGCUGCCAUCAUCAGCACAAAAGCAGGACUGCAAGGCACAUGGGUUGGGUUUUUUUUGUUGUUGUUGUUGUUUUGCUGCCAAUCAAAAACAGCACUGAGAUGCUGAGUUGGAGGAAAACUUGUUGUUUUUUUGCCAAUAUAAUUAGAUUGUUUUAAAUCAAAACACCAUAAAAAAUGUACGCUUUUUUUCCUCUAAAGAUACACAUGUUUUUUUCAGUGUGCAAUUGUACAGACGUCGCAGUAGUUUUUCUUUUUCUUUUUUUUCUUUUUUUUUUCUUUUCGUUGUUUCAAAUUAAAAUGAUUUUCUGUAUGAUGAAGAUUAUUUCCGGUUUUAAUUAACUUUCUCAGGAUUAAUAAAACAACAGCAAACAAGUGUACUGAGAGGGAAAGAUGGCUGCAUGCGUAUUUCAGGGUUAAAGUCCCUCCUGGCUGAAGCCUGUACAGAAGGGUUUACGCCAGCUGCCGCGAUGUAGGGGACAAGGUGUAUGAAAAGAAUGUAGAUAAAUAAAUGAGUUUAAUAAGAUUGUAGUGUCAUCUGUCUUGAGAAGGAGGAGCUAUAGAGCAGAGAUUGAUAAUUUGGAUAUGUAUAUUUCUUGUGAUGUGCGUUUGCAGCUGCAUUUACAUAAAGGUAUAGUCUGGGAUUGAAAUAAAUGGAGAGAAUAGCUUUUUAUCAACCUGACUGUAUCGCACUUUUAUUCUGUCAUCUCUGAUUUUGUUCUGGUGUGAUUGUCCUGCCCGUGUUUCCACUUGUAUUCUGUCCAUCUUUUGAGUUUCACACACUGGCAGUUGUAUAAGAGAUCUGUUAAAACCACUCAAAGUCAGAUCUGAUUUAAAUGUGAUUGUGAAUUUAGCUUUUAUUGAUUUUAACUUGCAGUUAAGAUUAUUUGCAUACGUUACAGAACCGAAUCAACUGAGAAGAAAAAAACUAGAGCUUCUAAUUUUAUUGUAGCUUUGUUGCUGCUGCUGUUCACAAACUUCUACCAGAGUAAACAAUCACUAUAUGUCAGCCACCCUCCGCUGUUCUGUCCUUUCUUUUCCUACUGAUUGGGAUUUUCUCAAGAAACUUGUUACCCUUGUUAGACCCUGAGUCUUUGGUUUGUAUAACUGAAUUUAAAACUGUGCCUACAUAGAGCAGUGUGACUGCAGUUGUGUCAAGUGAUCUGUACCAAAACUGAACCAUGCAUGUGGUGGCAGUUUAUCCAUAUUGCUGAAAUUGAAAGAAAGUGAUGUAGGGCUUGGCUUUAUAUGACAAAAAUAGUGAUGAUGAAUAAGUACAAAAUUAAUGGGAAAUACAUAUUUCAGUAUGAUUUUACAUUAUUGUCCAGCUCUGAUUUGGCUUGAGUUUUCAGUUGACUCCAGAUUAAAUUUAGGUCAACUUCACUGGCAGAUGGAUGCAGAGUUACUGGCUGAAUAUGAAAAUAUACACAGGUUUAGUUUCUUAAAAUUAUUUUUGGAGGGAAUUGGAGAGAAUUAUUAUUAUUUUCGUACCCUUGCAAAAGAGCUGUGUUAAGCAAAGCAAAGCAAAGCUUUAGUUUUUUCUGUGCGAGGCGUGAGCAUGGUGUGUCAUGGACCAGGUAGAUUCUAUGCAGAGUAUCACAGAGCUUGAUAAGCGAACAAGUUAGCCUCUUCACAGAGAAAUGCCUUCAACGUUUUCUCCUAUAUUGGUACAUGGAAAAUUCUAUUGUGUUUUCAUAGCAAAAUACUAUAGUUGAUGUACUACAGCAAAGUUUCUGAACAGACACAAAUGCAAUUCUCUGUGGCUUCUUGUGCUGAUUUUGUUAGUUUUUUUUGGUGCUACUGGUAGUGCUUUUUCUUGGGUCGAAGCUUAAAGUAUAUUUUACAUUAUCUAUGGCAAAUUUUAAAGCUUUUGUGUGUGAGUGUGUGAGUGAGAUCGAGAGUGUGAGCUGCUUUGCUGAAUCAUCCUCAUCUUGUUUUUGUGGAUAUGGUGAGAUGUGGAGAGAACUGGGUGUGAGGGGAUAAUAAUACUCUGGGAAUUUUCUUUCUUUCACAUUGUUGCUAUGAUAUUGAGAAAAUCUGCACUGAUGUGUAAUUCAUGUAAACAGAGAAUCCAAAAUGGUAUAGAGUCAGUACUACUGUCUGAUUUUAAUGUGUCCUGUGUUUUAUACAGCGUCUUCAAUUGUCUUUUUGUUUUUAUUUUUAGCAUUUCUGUUCUGUUUCCAGAUCUGCUUUCUUUGAAAAUUUGUGCAAAAAUAUAAUUUCUUUUGAACUACUUGAAAUGCAUUAAUAAAACCAGAAUUGA